AUGCUGCCUGGCCUUAUCUCCAACAAUGAGUCUGGCUUUGUUAAAGGUAGGAGUAUUUCAGAGAGUGUCAUGCUGGCACAGGAGAUUAUUCAUGGUAUUAAAAAACUUAAGGAAGGGGAUAAUGUGGUAAUUAAGUUAGACAUGGCAAAGGCAUACGACAGAGUGUCAUGGGCCUUUACUAGCCUGGUUUUAAUUGGAGAAUUUUUCAUUGACAUGGUGUGGAGGAUCAUGAGUAAUAAUUGGUACUCCAUCAUAGUCAAUGGGACAAGGCAUGGUUUUUUCCAUUCUACGAGAGGUCUCAAGCAGGGGAAUCCUCUUUCCCCAUCCCUAUUUAUUUUAGGGGCCGAGGUGCUAUCUCGAAUGCUCAAUAACCUAUAUGACAAUCAACAUUUCCAUGGGUUCCAAAUGGAUUUCAGAGGGCCUCAGAUUAAUCACUUAAGCUUCGCUGAUGAUGUUAUCAUAUUUACUUCAGGAAGAGAAGAAUCUCUGAAACUUAUUAUGGAAACACUGUCAACUUAUGAAGAUACUUCAGACCAACUCAUCAACAAAGGAAAAAGUCAUUUCAUGGUUCCUAAAGAUACUCCUCCUCACAUUAUUGACAUGAUCCAGGAAACCACUGGCUUCACUCAAAGAGACAGUCCCAUUAAUUACCUUGGCUGCCCCCUUUACAUAGGAAGACAAAGGAUUAUUUAUUAUUCAGAUUUGGUGGCAAAGGUUGUCGAAAAGAUCAGCGGCUGGUACUCUCGUAUCCUAAGUUUUGGUGGGAAAACCACUUUGAUUAAACAUGUACUCCAUUCAAUACCUAUUCAUACUAUGGCUACCAUUUCCCCCCCUAGAACUCCCUUGCAUUAUAUCAAAAGAGUGACAGCAGACUUCUUUUGGGGAAUGGACAGGGACAAGAAAAAAUACCAUUGGGCAUCUUGGGAAUCGCUUAGUCUUCCCUAUGAGGAGGGUGGCAUUGGUGUGAGGCAUCUUAACGACGUUUGCACGUCCCUCCAAAUUAAGCAGUGGUGGAACUUCAGGACCAAACACUCUUUAUGGGGCCAAUUUCUAAAAGCCAAGUAUUGCCAGAGGUCCAAUCCAGUAGCUAAGAAACGGGAUACAGGAGACUCUUUGGUAUGGAAAUACAUGGUGAAGAACAGGGAGAUGGUGGAAACUGAAAUAGGCUGGAGAAUAAAUUCUGGAAAUACUUUUUUCUAG